AUUUUGUGGUGGUGACCUACAGAUGCAAAGCGGGGGAAAUAAGUCAUUUUAAACGGAUCUUAAUUUUGUUGGAGUUGGCCAAAACUCCGAGCGGUUUAAGUGAUCAUUAGUGUCAAUCUAUGGCUACCAUAUCCAAACACAAGAAGGUGAGGAUGGUGAAACAGAAGCUCAAACUGUUUCGUGCAAAUGAGCCACUGAAAAGUGUACUCAUGUGGGGCAUCAACUACUCAUUUUCUACCUUAAAUCAUGUUAAACCACGUGCGCUAUUGCUGAAAGAUGAUUUCAAGGCGCAUAUGAAGGUGAAAGUGAAUAAUCACUAUUUCAACAAGGAAAAUAUGCCAAGUCGAUUUAAGUUUAAAGAGUAUUGUCCAAUGGUGUUCAAGUCGUUGCGAGAUCGAUUUGGAGUUAAGAAACUGGAUUAUUGGGAUGCUUUCACGAGAUAUCAACCAUUAUGGGAUAGUACACGAGGUAAAUCUGGUUCGAAGUUUCUGGUCACCUACAACCGUCAAUUCGUGGCGAAAACGAUCAGUUCAGAAGAAGUGGAACAAAUGCAUCAUAUGCUAGAAGAAUAUUAUUCUUAUAUUGUCAAAGGACAUGGCCAGACGUUGCUUCCUCAAUACUUAGGACUUUAUCGACUCACUGUGAACGACCAAGAGACGUAUAUCCUUGUUAUGAGAAAUGUGUUCAGUCCGAGACUGGCUAUCCACAAGAAAUAUGACCUGAAGAAUAUUGUGUUUCCAAGUCAUCAACCGAAACGUUCUGUAAGUGUUCAUUCAUUCAUCCCCCAUGGAUCGAGUCAGUUAUCGUCUUCCGAAGAUCACCCUGAUAAGCCUGUGUUAGCGAUAUUCAAAGAGCAUAGACGUUAUCCGCGGAUUAAAAAGUAUUCAGUACAGAACACAACAGGUUCGAAGCCGUUGCCGACGCUGAAAGAUGCUGAUUUUCUGACUGAUAUAUGCAAGAUACACAUUGGUGAAGAGGCGAAGAAGAAGCUGUUGAGCACUUUGGAGUCUGAUAUACUGUUUUUACAAGAAAACAAUUUGAUUGAUUACAGUCUUCUAAUCGGUGUCCACGAUCCUGAGAUUGCAUUGACUACUUCACAUGAGAAUGAUGGUGAUGACGUGGAAGGGACUGGUGACUCCGUGUUGGAUGCUAAUCGAGCGUUUGAGGAUAAGGUUGUGUCAGCAGGAGAUGGUCUUGGGACACUUGUAUCACACGGUCAAUAUAACCAUCCGUCGACGACGAGAUCGAGUAUUGCGUUUGGCUUGGCUUCAUCGGGUACUGGUGGUGUUGGGACUGGGAAUGUGAGCACUGGUGAUGACGAUGACGAUGAAGAGGAAGGAGUUUUGAUACCGGACAGCAAUGCACAAGUGCCUCCGAACGAUUUAACUCCACCGGACAGUCCACCCGGAGCGAUUUGUCUACCUCAAUUGUUUUCAGGUGAUCUGCAUCCUAGUUUAGAAUGCUAUGGAAUCAAAGGUUCAACCGGUAAGAGUGUUAAUAUUCUCAGUUUUUCUUUAACCGCUUUAAUUGUUGCACUUUCAUUCUGAGUGGUGGUUGUGCUUUGACAGAAGUUGUUCAUUACGAAUGAUGAGUGUUGUAGAGUCAGUCGACAGCAAUUUGAUCAGUAGUGCUAAUAAUUGUGUAGCGCCAUAUGUAGGUUGUUCAAAUAGGGUGUGGGGGGGAGGAGAUUCAGCUAAACGAAUCUGUACAGAUUCAUGUAUUACUUAAUUGGGUGAGUGGUAAAUGUGAAGGUGUGUGUCUGUGUGCUCAUUAUUGUAUCAGUGGAUUGUGUUCACGUGUAGUAAUUUCGGAGAUCUCUGUAUGGCUUCUAGGAGAACAGACUAUGGAUUUGUUUCUUCCUACAUGUUAUUAUGAUGCAUGAGUGGCGGAUACUGGAGGCUACAUAGGUGGGAGUAUUUAGUCAUAGAUCGGUUGGCUCAAACAUUGAGAAGUUGACUGUAUGUUUGACGGUUGGAUUAUCCACACUUAAGCUACUCUGUGCUCAUGAAAAAUGAGUCACAAUCAAGUCUGAUAAUGUGUGUCAUUAACAUAUAUGGGUAUUAUCGUGUGAGACGGAUUUUGUGAUUUUUUAUUUGCAUAUUUGUGAACGACUGUCUCUGUUAGGAGUCUGUGUGUUCACUGCUAAACAGUGUUUGCUUAAAAUUUGUCUAUUGUGUGUACACUCAGUACUUUCAU